UACAAAGACAAAAUACAUUCAAGAAUGGAAUUUCAAUGGUUUUGGAUGUGCGUUGCUACUUUGUUGGCAUGCUACAUUUUUUUUUACAAAAUUGUGAGGAAUUUGAAUGAUUGGUAUUAUGAUCUUAAAUUGGGAAAGAAACAAUAUCAUCAACUCCCACCUGGUGACAUGGGAUGGCCCUUAAUUGGAAACCAAUUGCCCUUCUACAAAUAUUUCUCAUCUGGUCAAGGGAAUACAUUCAUCAACAACAUUGUUCUCAAAUAUGGACAAACCGGUAUCUACAAGGCACACUUGUAUGGGAGUCCACGCAUCAUUGUCAUUGAUCCUACGUUGGUCAAGAAAGUGAUGAACGAUGAUGUGAACUUUAAAGCAAGUUAUCCAAAAGGCACCAAUGUCCUAGGAAGGAGUAGAUACCUAAAUAGAGACCAUAAGCGUUUUAAGAAACUAGUAACAUCUCCCAUUGUUGGCCAAAAUACAUUAGUAAUGUACUUAGAGCGUAUUGAGGAUAUUGUGCUUGAUAAGCUAGAAGAAUUGUCCACCAUUAAACACCAUGUGGAGUUACUUAAAGAGAUGAAGAAAGUUUCCUUUAAAAUCAUUUUUCACAUUUACCUCUACUCUUGUGAUCAAAAUAUCGUCAUGAAAUUUGGAGAUUUAUUUAAUGUUAUGUCCGCUACCAUGUUCUAUUUGAUGCCCAUAGAUGCCCCUGGUUUUGCUUUCAGAAAAGCUCUCAAGGCGCGUAAGAAGAUGAUCAAAAUAGUUCAAUCCAUUAUUGAUGAAAGGAAAGCGGUGAUAGAAGAAAAUGGGCAAAUGAAAGAAAAAAAAGAUCUCUUAGAUAUAUUUUUGGGAAUGACCGAUGAGAUGGGUGAAAAAUUGGAUGAUGAGGACAUGAUUGACUUACUUAUAACACUUUUAUUUGCUGGUCACGAAACUUCAGCACUUGCUAUGGUUUGGUCAAUUACAUUUCUUACACAACAUCCACUUUGUUUGAAGAAAGCCAAGGAAGAGCAAGAAGAAAUUAUGAAAGAAAGACCAUCCUCACAAAAACGGUUAUGUAUUACAGAAAUUAAAAAAAUGGUUUAUCUUUCUCAGGUUAUUGAUGAAACAUUACGCAAUAUGACUCUUUUUUCAACUUUUCGAGAGGCAACGGCUGAUGUGAACAUCGAUGGUUAUUUCAUUCCAAAAGGAUGGAAAGUAAUGCCUUGGAUAAGAGCUGUUCAUAUGAAUCCUCAGUAUCACUCAAAUCCAGAAGAAUUUAAUCCAGCGAGAUGGAAUGAUUUUAAUUCCACUAAAGGGACCUUUCUUCCCUUUGGAUGGGGUCGACGACUCUGUCCAGGACGUGACCUAGCUAGAUUUGAACUGACUGUAUUUCUUCACUAUUUCCUCAUGAAUUACAAGUUGGAGCUAAAAAAUCCGGAAUGUCCAGUUACUCAUUUUCCAGCUCUUAAGCAAUUAGACAACUGUCUCGCUAAGAUUACAAAGCUCUCUAGUGAUCUUAACUAUUGAGAGAGAUGCAUAUAUAUUUGUAUUUUAAUUUGCUUGUAAAAUAAAACAAAGUGAUAGAGAGAGAUGGAUCAGUUUGGGUUUGGUUUGUGUGCUUGUAAAAUAAAACAAACUUUAUCUUGUCAUGUAUUCUCUCGAGCACUACUUGUAUUUCAUGUACACUUUACCGAUCUUUAUGUACAUUCCAUUAAAUAAAUCUAUGAACACUAAGGGAACUUUUGUUUUUUAAA